AUGACGACGCAGCUCAAGCCGACGUCGUCGGUGCACUCGCUCUCGUCGGCGGCGGGCGCCGAUGCGCGCCUCGCCUCGAUGGGCUACGAGGCGCAGCUCAAGCGCAACCUGGGCAUGAUGACGAUCCUCGGCCUGUCGUUUUCCAUCAUGGCGGCGCCCUUCGGCCUCUCGACGGCGUUUAGCAUUGCCCUCACCUGCGGCGGGCCCGUCACGAUCCUGUGGGGCUGGGCGCUCGUCUCGCUCAUCUCGCUCUGCAUGGCCGCCUCGCUGGCCGAGAUCAGCUCCCAGUUCCCCUCGAGCGGCGGCGUCUACGUGUGGGCCGCCUUUAUCUCGACGCCCAAGUGGGCGCCCCUGACGUCGUGGAUCGUCGGCUGGGUCAGCCUGGUGGCCAACUGGACCCUCUGCCUCUCGAUCAACUUUGGCGGCGCACAGCUCAUCAUGGCGUCCAUCUCCAUCUUCCGCGACGACGCCUGGGCGCCCGCGCCCUGGCAGACGAUCCUCUGCUUCUGGGCGUGCAUGCUGGUCGCCGCCCUGAUCAACGUCUGGGGCGUCCGCGGCGGCUACCUCGAGCUGCUCAACACCCUCGCCUUCUACUGGACCUUUGCCAGCGUCCUGAUCAUCCUCGUCACGCUCCUCGCCAUGGCCAAGGACGGCCGCAGAGACGCCGGCUUCGUCUUUGGCGGCUGGGAAAACUCGAGCGGCUGGCCCGACGGCUGGGCCUUCUUUGUCGGCCUCCUCCAGGCCGCCUACACCCUGACGGGCUACGGCACCGUGGCGUCGCUGUCCGAGGAGGUCAACCACCCGGAGGAGCAGGUUCCCCGCGCCAUCGUGUGGAGCGUCGUGGCGGCCAGCAUCACGGGCUUCUUCUACCUCAUCCCCAUCCUCUUUGUCCUCACGCCCGACUUUUCCGAGCUGCUCGCCACCGCCGCCGGACAGCCCAUCCCCGUCCUCUUCCACCUGGCCACGGGCAGCGCCGGCGGCGGCUUCGCGCUGACGUUCCUCAUCCUCGGCGUCUUCGCCUUUGCCGGCAUCGGGUCUCUGACGGUGGCGCUGCGGUGCACGUGGGCCUUUUCGCGCGACGGCGCCAUCCCGGGCAGCCGGUGGUGGAGCCGGGUCAACAAGCAGCUCGACCUGCCCCUCAACGCCCUCAUCCUCUCGACGGUCGUCAUCUCGCUCCUCGGCCUCAUCUACCUCGGCUCGACGGCGGCGUUUUCGGCCUUUACCGGCGUGGCCACCAUCUGCCUCUCGAUCUCGUACGGCAUCCCCAUCGCCAUCUCCAUGUUCCGCGGGCGUCGGGUGCUCCUCGACGCGCCCUACUCGCUCGGCCGCUUCGGCUACGCCAUCAACGGCAUCACGUUUGCCUGGAUCGUGCUGGCCACCAUCCUGUUUUGCAUGCCCACCACCAAGCAGGUCACGGCGCCCACCAUGAACUACGCCAGCGUCGUCUUCAGCUUCUUUUUCGUCUGCAGCGCAGCCUGGUGGGCGCUGUGGGGCCGCAGGUUCUACGUCGGACCCGUCGGCGCGUCCGAGAUCGCCGCCGUACAGCCAAACGCCCUCUCGGCGGGGGCUGCGGCGGACGGAAGGACUGGCAGCGGCGGCGGCGUCGGCGUCGUCGUCGAUGCCGAAAAGCCUCGGUCGUCGGAUGGCGAGAGCGCCGGCCGCGAAAAGGAAAAGGAUGCCGUCGGCGUCGCAGCGUAG